AUGGAAAACCAGCAGGCAGCCACUAACACCUAUGGAGUGAUCUUUGCUUGCACUUGUAGCAUCAUAGUGGGCAUUGGUUUCUGUGCCAACCUGCUGGCCUUCUCCCUCUUCGCUAAACACAAGAACCUUCAUAAAAACCGUCUGGACGUUCUUCUCCUCAGCAUGGCUCUGGCAGACUUCCUCUCGCUUCUCCUCAUCCCCUUCACCAUCCACUCCGCGAUCACUUUCUCCUGGCCUCUGAGCAACACGUUCUGCAAGGUCUAUCAGUUUCUGCUGGCAUUCUCUCUGGCCGCCAGCACAUACUCCCUGUGCACCGUAUCUAUGGUUCGGGCCAUGAUCAUCACCAACCCCUACCGCCCCCCAACCAUGGACCUGGUGGUCCUCAUGUUUAUUCUGGUCUGGGCCCUGAGUUUCUUUACAAGUCUGUCGUUGCGUAUUUUCGCCACUAAGGAAAGCUUAGGCCCAGGUUUGAAUAACUGCACCAUUUGUUUGCCGACUACGCAGGAACAUCAUUACCAGGUUGCUCUCAGCCAAUUUGUGCUAUACUAUCUCAUACCAAUGCUGGUGAUCGCCGUCAACUCGGUGCGUAUGGCUCUUUUCCUGCGCAAGAGGCCCGUUAUGUCCCUGGCCAGCACCCGGAACACACGGCGGGCGUCUCUCAUGGUGUUUUUGGCGGCUGGGACGUUCUCCUUGUGCUGGCUGCCAGGGUAUGUUCUAGAGCUGUGUGUGUAUUUGGGAUUUUACCGGCAUGGGCGCUCAUGGGAGAUGUUCCACUUCACCUGCACGGUUCUCCAGUAUCUGCACCCCUGCGUGAACCCCGUCCUCUACGUUCUGCUGUCCAAACGCUACAGGCGGAAGAAAGAUUGGAUGUUCAAAUGCAAUAGGAAACGGGUGCAUCCGCAGAUUAUUAGCGUGAUGAAGAGUUUCUGAGGAGGAUCAACAACAUUUCGAAUCAUUUAUAACAUGUUGAACUUAAAACUGAAUGAGAGCAUGGUUUGUUUGGUUCAAAGAGAUCAAUAAUACUCGGAAAAAGUUGUGUAGCUAUGGCAUCUACUGGCAAUAAUGAUCUGCUGAUAACUAUAAAGAUGUGGUGGUCACAUGACAUUAUUAGCGAAAUAAAUUUAGGUGGAAUUUCGCUGGCAAAAUAGGUCCACUGUGAAGUGUAGCGAUGUAUGAAGGCACUUUCAAACCAAAAAACUGCUUUCGGUUCAUAAACGCGGCAAAUCCGCAUUACCAACAUGAACUCGAUGAGAAAUCUGCGUUAGGACAUUUUUGCCCUCACCAAGAAGUUCGCCGAACAAUUUUAUAUGUGACGCACAGAUGAUGUAAUGUUAAUUGAGUUUGAACCGCUAAAUACUACAAAAAAAAAGAUAGUUAUAGAAUUUGAUUGACAGGCAAUCUAACCAAUCAUAACGCUGAAUCCGCCAUUUUGUCCGACAAAGCAGUCAGGGGAGUUAGCAGAUUAAUGUAGGUGGACUUGAACUUGAAAAAUGGUGUGUAGGGGAGAGUGGGGUAAGAUGAGCCAGUGGGUAAGUUGACCCACCCCCUGUAUCUUGACAACCGUACCAUUUUAUUGUCAUGUGACCAUAUAUUUUAGAACCACCCAGGAGUGGAAGUCGCUUAUUUACUUUUUAAAACUUUUUUUGGCUUGUCAAAGUAAAAUUUUAACAGAACAGAUGUAAUGGCUGUUUCAUCAAAGCAAAUUUGUCCAGGUCUAAAACUAUUUAUGAUGCAUAUUGGUGAUUUAGCAACGUAUAAAACCCAUGCAAGUCAUUUAGCUAAAUAUUAUCCUGAAUUGGUAAGCUAGCUAGCUUUUUCUAAAAUGGCAGCUAUGGGGCAAAGUGAGCCAAAUGCUGUGGGGUAAAUUGAGCCAGCGUUUUAACUUACCCCACGAUAAGGCACUGCAUUUAAGUUAAAUCUGAAGUAUAAACUGGUGUCAUUUCAAUGUAAUAUUACGCAACUGGUUUAGUUUAUCUUUAUUUUUGAGUUUAUUUGAUAAUGUACAAGUACACCAAAUCCUUCUCUGAUACGAACCAGAGGAUGUUUAAUCAAAUAUAUCUUUCCACCUGUAGUCUCUAAUGGUCUAACAUGGUCGACAUUGCAGAAAAACUACCAU